UAAGAAUUUGUUGCUACAAAUUUUGGCACGCCCAGUGGGACAUCUCUACCUCUCAUCUCUUCUCUCUCUCGAAGAUCCUCAAAGUGUUGCAGUGACUGCUCUACGUUCGCAAUGAAGACUGCUACUUCGGAUUCAUCAAGUGUGGGCUUAGUUACAAGGAGUAUGGCUAAGAAGCUGCAAGCAUCCUCCAAGACUAGCUCGACGCCCCAAACCGUGGAAAAAGGCUUACCACCUCUUGUCAACACAAGCGCAGACGUGGAAGGCUCAAAACGAGAGAUUUCACAGCCCAUGCCUCAUUCAACAUCAAGCUACUCAGAGAUGGCAUCCGUCAUGACAACAAACGCUACAACUAUGGAAGAAACAUCCUCCAAGACUAGCUCGACGCCCCAAACCGUUCAGAAAGGCUUACCACCUCUUGUCAACACAAGCGCAGGCGUGGAAGGCUCAAAACGAGAGAUUUCACAGCCCAUGCCUCAUUCAACAUCAAGCUACUCAGAGAUGGCAUCCGUCAUGACAACAAACGCUACAACCAUGGAGGAGCAAAUUGCAAGUUUGACAAAGGCCAUUGAGGGACUCGCAAAGCAUGUUCAACAACGAGAUUCUCAAAUUGCCGAGUUGAUCAACAAGAUGGACAAAGCCGAUGCUAGUCAAGCUGUGGAGAAUCAGAUAGAGGUUCAAGACGAAGUCGAGACAUCCACAAAGCAACAAUCAGUUGAAAACGAGAAGGCUCCAGCUCAAGAACUUCAAGUUUCUUCAGAAGGGAUGAUUCAUGUAGAUCAAGUGAUGACACUGAUCAGUGGAACCAUCAAAGACAAGUUGGAAGAAAGCUCGAAGUCUCCAUCAACCUAUGUCAAGCCAUACACGCAAAGGAUUGAUGAUCUAAGGAUGCCAAUGGGCUAUAUACCUCCAAAGUUUCAACAAUUUUACGGCAAAGGCAACCCCAAGCAACAUGUGGCACACUUCGUCGAGACUUGCAAUGAUGCCGGGACGUACGGAGAUCACCUCGUCAAGCAAUUCGUCCGAUCGCUCAAAGACAACGCGUUUGAUUGGUACAUCGAUUUGGGGGCAAACUCCAUUGAUAGUUGGAAGCAUUUGGUGGAAGAAUUUCUCAACCGCUUUUACAGCACUCGAAGAACAGUCAGCAUGAUUGAGCUCACCAAUUCCCGCCAAUGGAAGAAGGAACCUGUCAUCCACUACAUCAACCGUUGGAGAAAUUUGAGUCUUAAUUGCAAGGAUCGACUGCCCGAGAUAUCAGCUAUUGAACUGUGCAUCCAAGGAAUGCAAUGGGGACUCCGAUAUAUCCUUCAAGGAAUUCAACCUAAAAGUUUUGAAGAGUUGGCCACUCGAGCACAUGAUAUGGAAUUGAGCAUAACUGCAAAUGAAGUCGAAGAACCUUCAUUCCUAAAGUCGUAUCAGCUCAGGGAAAAACAUGUCGAAGAAGAAUAA